AUGACAGCCAUUUGCUUCGUGUGCAAUCUGCCAAUUCUGAGCCAUCAAGUCGGCUUGGUUUGGCAGGGUGGCAAUGGAUGGGAUGAUCUUGUCAGAGAACAGGUCGAGGAGUCGACGCUCAAGCAACGGCUAGGAACUGGAAGGAGAGACUCAGCAGCUCAAAUAGGUGCCUCAAUAUCUCCACCGAAUGAGGCCCAAGAAUCACCCCCGAUCAAUCAAAGACGGCGAAGAUCUAGCCUAGCGGAUAUUCUUAGGGAAUGGGGUGGCGGAGGUGCAACAAACAAGAGUAAAAGUGGAAACAAACUUUGCCGGCGAGAAACUCUGGCGGACAUUGCUAAGUCUCUACCAUGGUCAAGACAACAAACAACAGACACGAGUCACACGAGUUUGAAGAAACGUCGGGAGAGUUCCGUUGACAGCGGUAUCAAGAGUCAAGUAUCCAGCAAAUCACGGAGGGACUCGACAAUCAGUGAUUUCAAGAAUGAUUUUGCUAAAUUGUGGAAUAAACGGGAACAGGCCCAACCACCGCCAACAGUCAUAUCACCGACACCGAGACGAGGAUCUGGUGAAUCUAGAUACUCUAGAAGAGGUUCCGGAGAGAGUGCGCGCUCUCGAAAAGAUUCAGUGGCUGGUAGCGAGAGAAGACACCAAUGUCGUCACCACCGACGCAAACAGUCACAACAAUCCCAAAUAUCCGUUGAUGUUGCCUGUAUCACUCCAACAAAGUAUUACAGAAGCGAUCAGAGACCUAGUGCCUCAAGUACAGACAGUGCGGCAUCAGCAGCUGUGAGAGAUCACCUGGAGGCCCAAAGAAGCACGGAAAAAGUUGAACCGAGAAAUCACUUGACCCUGGACUCGAGACCACAGCAGGAGAUGAAAUCAUCGUCAACCGAGACAAGAAACUUUUUGACAUUAGAGCCAGCUGUCAAUACUCCGACAAUUGUAAUGUCUUCCGUAACACCACCAGCUAUUUCCCCAAUAGCUGGCAACAGUCUUCCUCUACCUGGCACUUCCACAUCAGGAAGUUCCAGUCCAGUGGGUUCACCCAAUCUCAAUAAUUCUGCACCCCAUCCUCUAUCAGCAACACGAAGGGAUUCCACCACCCAGUGCUACUACGGCAAGGUGAAGGAAAUAUCUCCCAAUAAAAUAUCAAGAUUGACGAGACAAGCAGCGACAAUCGACGAAUCACUCUCACCAUCUGGCCGACGGGGAAGUCAACCGACUCUAUCACCAGACCCUGAUGAUGGAGGUCGUAAAGCAAGAAGAGAUUCUUUGAGCCCAGACUCAGCUUCAUACCCCAGACGACGUGAUUCGAAAAGUCAUCUGAGUCCAGACAGAUCAGCUGAUAAACGCGAUAUUAGUCCUAUUAGACAAAGAAGACAAUCAAGACUCAGACGACAGUCUACCUCUAUUGCUGGCAGGCCAACUAGGUCUCCAGACAGCUCGACAUGUUCCUCCCGAGAUCCAAGCCCAUGUGCACGAGGCCCAGGGAGCCUUCAGCAUGCUCCAAUAAUCAGAAGACAAUCAACAACCGAGGAAAUUCUAAUAGCUCGGGGCUUUCGACGACAAAGCACCACCGAGGAAAUGAUCAGAUGCCGGAAUUUCCGGCGACAGAGCUCUCAAAGUGAUGACACAGUACAAAGAUAUCGAGGCCGUCGCGAUAGUUCAGCUCAAAUAACCGAUGGAACGUUUGCCACGAUGACAGUCGAAACGUCAAGCACAUUUUUCGAUAGCAGUACUCAGACUGAGCCAUCACCGCCCUACGACAACAACCACUAUCAUGAGGAGUGCCUGAAAUGUAACAGCUGUGGCCUCAAUCUCACAGGACCCAAUCACAAGAGGGCAAGGCGGUUUAAAAACCAGAUACUUUGCGAUCUGCAUUUUGCGGACGUGGCGCUGAUGGAGUGUUCCGAUUUUAUGCAGCAGUUGCGCAGCUUCAAGCCCCAAAGUUUAGGCUGCGCAGUUGCCCGAAGAAAAUCGUCAACAACCCUGAUAUUUCCGUUGCCUCCACAGGCUUGCUCAGAUGAAUUUUGCCAGGAGUUUCCUCACAAUCUCAUACCCACACCUGGCUACUGGAUCGAAUGUUCAAGGCAACAGAUUACAUCGGAUACUAUUUGGGACGAGAGUGAGAGCGAUCGUGAUAUCACUGAUCCUGAGCAAGAGCAGCAGGAGUUGCUGGAGAGAGCAUCGAUAAAUCGUCAGAGACAAGAUUUUUGUCUGUUCGAGGAGAAUGAGCUCGAUGAUGACGAUGUACCAAGGAAGAAAACCGUUAUCGAGGAGCAGUGGGAGAAAAAUCAGGGCUUUGAACUGACGUCAGUCGAGCAGGAGACGUACGAGAAGUACUUCUACGGUUCAGAGCACUGGAAUUACUUCACUAAUGACGAGGAUCUGGGCCCCGUAAUUCUGAGUAUGAAGCAGGAGACCAUCAAUGGGAGGGAUCAGUUUAGAAUUCUCGUCAGAGCAAUUAGUUAUACUGUUCACGGUUUGAUACCAGCCAGCUGCGUUUUCGCUGAUCGAUACAAUCGGGAGGAAGUUGUGAAAAGUCUUGGAAAAGAGGUCAACAUAAAUCCACCCAUGACCCUUGGCCAACUACCGGAUACACCGGAGGAACUUCUCAAAUUAGAUCAAGUCUUUAUUAAAUCCGAGUUGAAGGUUGGCGUUAUUUACGUGCGAGAGGGGCAGUAUUCCGAGGAGGAGAUUCUCGACAACAAUGACAGUUCACCGUUGUUCGAAGAAUUUUUACAAAUUCUCGGUGAUAAGGUCCGUCUCAAGGGCUUUGACAAAUACAAAGGCGGCCUCGAUACCGUCCAUGACCUCACUGGUCUGUACUCAGUAUACACAAAUUGGCGUGGCAUUGAAAUAAUGUUCCACGUAUCGACAUUACUACCCUAUGAGAAACACGAUCCCCAGAAGCUGCAGCGAAAGCGUCACAUCGGUAAUGAUAUUGUUUGCGUUGUAUUCCUGGAGGCUGACAACACUAGUUUCAGUCCAGCUUGUAUAAAGUCACAUUUUUUACACACAUUUAUUCUCGUGAGAGUCAGUCCCAGGAUAAAGCGCAAGGUAACGAGGUAUGAGGUGUCAGUGGUAACGAGAGAUGAAGUUGGUGCGUACAAACCAUAUCUCUGGGAGCAGAGUAUAUUUGAGAAGGGGCCCAUGUUUCGUGAGUGGAUGCUAACGAAGAUAGUUAAUGGCGAGCGUGCGAGUUAUUCAGCACCGAAAUUUGCGAGAAUGCAGGAGAGAACGAGGAGCCAGAUGUUGGAAGACAUUGUGGCGAAUCUUGCCAAUCAUGCGGAGACUGGACAAAUUCCGAAACCGUACAGACGUGGGUCGUGGAGGCCAAUAGGACAUAUGCGACCAUCCUCGCCACUUCUCGAUUCUGUCAGAGAUCAGUUCGAGGAUUAUGAUCAAUUGGCCAAAGAUUUUACGAGGGUUUUUCUCAAUAAUGCCGCUAAUAUCGAGCUCAAUGCUAAUUUGUUUGACGUUGCUUUUCUCGUACCUGGGCAGCAAAAGCAAAAAGUCAGAUUUAUCGGUGUUAGGGCUAUUCUCGGGGUUCGAAGCAGAGUAUUCCAGGAAAUGUUAUAUGGCAUUCAGACGGGAUUCGGAAGUCCCCAAGUUCCGGUGGCUGAAUUAUUAGCGAGACCGGUACCGACUCUACUCAGUCCGCAAAAACCGAAGAGCUCCAACUUCCUACAAGUUCCCGAUAUCGAGAGUCCAAGGCCCAAAAGUGUGCCGUCAUCGCCAAUGGUGAAACGAGCCUUUUCGAGAUUGGGGACCAUCACUGCUGGAUGGGGUAGGAGCAUCAGAAAACACAGCAACACUCUCCAGAUAGAGGACAGAAAGCGCUGGACAAGUUCCCAGGAUUGCAGUAAUAAAGACACAAAAGAUAAGGAGAAACCCGGAGCCUCCCUAGCUGUUCCCCGAUUGAGUGUCUGUGCAGAUGCCCAGAAAGUGGAUCGAGCAAAAUUGGCUCAGACAGAGUUUGAUAUCAUAGAAUUCGAUCCGGAAACCUUCGGAAUUCUCCUGGACUAUCUGCACACGGGCUCGUGUCCCCUCACCUGCAGCAAUAUACCAGGAUUGAUAUGCGCAGCUGAACACUACGACUUGCCCGAUCUUCUCCAAGCUUGCUUCCAUCACGCCAAACAAUUCCUCCGAAUCGAGAUCGUCUGCAUAAUGCUGUGCGCUCUUGAGAAUUACUACUGGAGAUAUACGUCAGCCUCUGAACUCGUCAAUAUGAUCAUGGCAUUUGUGGAGACCAGGGCCUAUCAACUCUUCCAGAGCCCCCACUUUCUAACUCUGAGUGAGUCAAUGGUACAGACAAUAAUGUGUCGUGGUCUCGAAGUAGUUGAGAUUAAAAAAUUCGAAGCUAUGCUGAGCUGGGCCAAACACAGAAUAAAAACAAAAGCUAACAAUAAAAUCGACGCUAAACAUGAAUUCAACUGUAUAAUGGAGAGAUUGAGUAAAGAUUUGAAACUAUAUCGAAUAACCCCUCAGGAAUUGAUCAGAAUCGUUCUGCCAUCAAAAGCUAUCAAGAACGAGAGGAUCCUAGAGACAUUAGUAUUUCAAGCGAAUUCAGGAAUUUAUCGAAAUGUCGAUACAUAUUUAGAGGACUAUCAGAAAAAAGUUCAGAAUCAGGACAGUUUCGACUGCGGAUUAUGAACAUCGAUGAACAAUCAACUGCGAAAUACUUAUAUUUUUCUUGUCUCGUGUUUCAGCAUUAUUUUUACAAGUAAUUAAUGACUGCUGAUAAUUCAGUCAUAUUUUACGAAUGUGUGAAUUAAAGGUGACAGAUUAAAUACGGAAGUGUUUUGAGGUAAUAUGUUGCGUGUUAAUUACUGCUGGCAGUUUGAUUCCAUAUUGUUACGUUACUCCCCAUCCACCCCAAACUGCUUUUUUUAAAUACGUUGUGUUAUGGGCAGGACCCACAAUCCCAGGCCCUUCAUAACGUUCUGUUGUGAAAUAUUAAGUAUUGAAGUAUAUAUGGUGUCAGUGAUGUUUCACGCCAGGGUUGUGAGAUAAUCAAACAAUAGCAGCACUAUCCACGGUGAUUACAAUUGAUAAGGUAAAUCAUGUGAUUGUAGGUGUUUUGUCGGAUGAAAAAUAUUUAACAUGAGUUGAUAAGGCUCAAUGUACCUCAAUGAUGGAGAAAUUAUUGACUAGAAAGUAAGGCAAAUAAAUUAUCAGGACAGAGGCGACCAUCGGGGUUAAGUUUCUCCCAAAAAUGGAAAUUGAAAAACCCUCACCCCUGCCCUCAUUUAAUUUUAUUAAAUUAGGAAUAUUCGAAGAUUAAUUAUCAGUUUUUAUUAAUAGCUAUUAAUCAUUCACUCACGAUCCUUCAGUUUUAAAUGAAGUAAUAACACCUAUUAUUGCGUUAUUGAUAAAGAUGAGUCAUGAUUUGUUGUUAAUUUUGGAGGAGAAAUUUAGCCCUUGUAGCUGGAAAAUAGGAUAUUUUUAAAAUAUUUGUGAGACGGUAAUCGUAAAUCACCCUACCAUCCAGAUAAUUAGGAUUCUGUCAUGCAUUUGGAGAAAAAACUGCAAAAGGAAUGACAAUUUGCCGAUAAUGACAAUCUGUAUUAUAGAGAUUCUGUAUUUCUAAUAAGGUUCAAAAUUCGAGGCUUCCUGAAUUGAAGAGAAAAUCAUAAAUAUUAUAUAUGAAUGAAUAAACAAUAAUGUUGCUAUUAAUUGAGGAGAACACUAUUCAGAGUAUAUACCAAAAUAAAUAAUAAAGCAAGUGUUGAUAUUGAGUGUGGGAUAAAAAAUGUUGUUUAAUGUCUAUUCUGUUUUCUAUCGUAGAUUUUGUAUCUCCAAUACUCUAAGACAGAGAUUCUAAUAUAGAAUGUUUAAAAAUCGAUGAGCGAGGGCUGUACAACUUGGCAGAUCAACUUCACCCAAUUCAUGUUUGAUUAUUGACAAAAAUGAUUAUUAAACAUUUGGAAAUAUACAAAAAUUCGACAAAAUUGAAGUAUAUUUUUCAAGGUUCAUUAUGCUAUAAAUAUACCAGACAUAUCAUUCGUAAAAAAUUAUUUGUAUUGAAAAAUUGACAUCUGUACAUAUUAGUGUAGCCCAAGCAAACAAGAUUUGAAGAAGUUCGAUGUACCAUAGUAUUCUCUAAGACCCAUUGAAACUAUCGGAGUAAAUUAAAAAAAAUAUAUUUGAGGUUUAAUCAGGAGAAUUUCAUCCCUGAAUUAUUUUCUCCAUUUAUCCAAUUACAAUUCAAUCUAUCCCUUCACACUUGUGUUCAGUAUUCAUAACGGAAAUGUAUUGAUUUUUUAAUAAGUUUUUCAAAUAAUAUCGCGUAUUUUAUAGGCCCAAAAGCUAAGUCGCACAUCUUUGUGGAUUUGGGGAAAAAAACCGCAAACCAAUGGUCAACGUAAUAAUGUCUAUUUAAUGAGAACUAUUCAAUGAUAAUGAAAGGAAAUAAAUGUGCAAUGCGUCGUUAGAGUGGAUGAUAUAAUUGUGAUGUGCGAGUCACAUUGAGCAUUGAAUCCACUUUUCAACCCGUGAAAAUGUAUCGAUUUAUUGCCAUCAUGCCAUCGUUAUAUUUUUAUUAUAUAUGAGAAUAUAAGGCAAUAUAUUUAGUCAAUGAGAAAAAAAAUCUCGCAAUCAACUGAUUUUUUAGGGCAAUUAAUUGAUCGUGUCGUGCGUAAACGAGAAUUUUUUUUCUCAGUGAAAAAUAAUCUCAGUGUCCCCUUCAGCAAAGGCCUCUUAAUCAAAUUCAAAUCAUCAUCAUCAUUGUUGUUGUUAUUGUUGUUAAUACUUUGUCCAUCUGAGAGUGUCUCGGUUAAGACAAGAAAAAAUAAUGCGUUCCAUUUCUAAAUUGAGACGAUGAUUAAGGAAAAAUGAUAAAAUAAUACCAACGGUUCGAUGUUAUCUUGACUCUGUGUAUAAAUGAAAUAUGAAUAUUAUUGUAAUAUGGAUUCUUCUCCGGUAGAUAGACAAUCGCUGAUGUACAAUUCGUUGAAUUAUAUUUCAUGGUAUUGAUUAAUCAAAAAUCAAAUUCCUAUCAUUACUGUCGUCGCUUUAGCACGGUCAUCAUUUAAUUCGAAUAAUUGACGGAAAUAGUCAUUUAAUUGUACAUUCAUCCGGGAAAAUAUGCAAAGAACAGGACAAAAUUCAAGAGAAUCCAUAGCUUCGUAUUGAUAAUAUAAAAGUCACGAAUCAUGAAUAAGAGUGAAAUAUUACUGAAGCUACUGUGAUGUUAUCGUUGUGUGUACCUGAAUAAAUCAGGCAUACCAUUUUAUUUUUCGCAUUCGAUUUCCUGCAGUUGAAUAUCAUGUUAUGAUAUAAAAUAAGUAAAAAUUUUGUGUGAAAGAUUGUCUAUGAAACUCGAAAUCAUCUGAAGAUAGAUA